AUGGAGCAGCCCCCUUCUCCCACAGAUACCCCUGAGAAAAGGAAAAAUUAUGAGAAGUGGGACCGCUCCAAUCGCAUGAGUCUUAUGAUCAUAAAGCGUGGCAUUUCAGAGACAUUUAAGGGUACUAUAUCUGAAGAAAUAACAAGUGCCAAAGACUUCCUUGCUGAAAUUGAAAAGCGCUUUGCUAAAAGUGAUAAGGCGGAAACAAGCACCUUCCUUCAAAGCUUGAUUUCUAUAAAGUAUAAAGGCAAAGGAAACAUAAGAGAGUAUAUUAUGGAAAUGUAUAACAUUGCUUCCAAACUUAAGGCACUAAAACUUGAUUUGUCGGACGACUUACUAGUGCAUUUGGUGUUAAUAUCUCUUCCUGAACAAUUUGGUCAAUUUAAGAUAAGCUAUAAUUGUCAGAAGGAGAGAGGAUGA